AUGACUUAUAAGAUUCCUACUAUGAUUGUUGCAAACAAUCGGAACUACAACGCGAAUAACAAUGAGGCCGACCUUUUACAUGAAAUUAAACCUUCUAUUGGUGAGUGCAACGUAAAUUUUAAAAAUAAAGCCAAUUUCUUAUUAGGAAUAUCAAUACGUGCAUAUAUCAUAUAUCUUUCUUGUAAUUUAGAAAUCAAAGUUCUGAGUGAAUUGACUUCUCCAAGUAACCAAUUCAAAUCUAUGAUCGAAUAUACAGCACGAUUAUAUUCACUUGAGAUUCCGAAGAAAGUUAUUUCUAAUAGUCAAGAACAAAUAGAAGGAUUGACAAGUGAAGAAAUAAAUUCAUUUUUACGGCUAGUAG